ACUAAAAAUCGCCUUUGACCCUAAUUUUGCAUCAUCCGGAAUGGUCCAAAAAUCGCAAUAUCAUAGUUAAAAACAAACAUAAAUAAUAAUUUUGGCAACUUACUUACCAUAAACGUGCUAAGAAGAAGUUUUCAUUCUAAUUUGCGACAUAGUCCUUUGUGUAAAUCAUAUCAAAAUUCCAGAUAUCUUCAUAUAAUCGGAGAACUUCUGCAUAGCGGAAUAAACUGGCCUGUGUUUCAUUUACAAAAUAAUUAUAUAAUUAAUAAUAAUAUUGUUUACAAAACUCGGAACAAUGGCGUGGUUUGUUGAGAAGAGCAAUCGUUAGGGGCAUGAGAGUAACAAAUCGGAUUAAGUUAGUGUGUCAACAGUGGACAAUAUUAACACACUAACGACCACAAUACUUUGAUUGAUUGACCAAUAACGAUGAUAAAUAGCUAGCAGAGUGCCGACCAAAUUCAACACGUUCGUUUAAGAUUUUUGCAGCAUAAUUUAGCAAUCAGAUUAGAGCAAAAAUGGUUCGAGGACAAAACCCAAUGCAAACAAAUUCAGCACAAAUAAAAGACCAUGACGUCAGUAACAUUCCGGAGAGUCAUAGUGUUUUCGUAGAACGUUUUUUUGGGUCAUUCCACUGGAUGGAGUUUGCCUGCGGAUGCGGGGCGGCGUUUGUAAAUAUUGGAAUUACAUAUCCGAUAUAUAAGAUGAUAUUUCGUCAAAUUUUGCAUGAUGUGCCUAUAACAUCCGCAUUUAGCCAGCUGCGACAUGAGGGUCUUAUGUUUCUAUAUCGGGGAAUGUUUCCGCCUCUCGCACAGAAAACCAUCUCAUUAUCCAUAAUGUUUGGUGUCUUCGAUGGUACGAGGCGUUAUCUUGUCGAUGAUUAUUACAUGAAUCCAUAUAAAGCAAAAAUCAUCGCGGGUAUUGCGGCUGGGACGGUGGAGACCGUGUUAUUGCCAUUUGAAAGGGUGCAAACACUGUUGGCGCACUCAAAAUACCAUGAGCAUUUUGCAAAUACACAACACGCUUUUAAAUAUGUUCUUGAACAUCACGGCUUUAAAGAAUUGUACAGAGGUAUAGUUCCUGUGCUUUGGAGAAAUGGUCCCUCAAAUGCAUUAUUUUUCAUAUUACGCGAGGAAGCUAGCACACAUUUACCACAAAGGACAUCUGCGUCAACUAAAGCAGCUCAAGAAUUUAUGUCGGGUGCUAUCAUUGGAGCAAGUGUUAGUACUCUAUUUUAUCCCCUAAAUGUCAUUAAAGUAGCAAUGCAAAGUGAUAUGGGGCAUGCUUCAGAAAGUAUGUUGCAGUCACUUAUGAAAAUAUACCGUGAAAGAGGCAACAGUAUAGCUCAUUUUUAUCGAGGUUGCGGGUUCAACACUGCGCGUUCAUUUGUUAGUUGGGGUGUCAUGAAUGCUGCGUACGAAAAUUUGAAAAAGCUUAUGUCUCCCAGCAUAUGUAUUGAUAAUUCCAAUUAAGGCACAAUUGGGAAAAUUGCAAAGCCCCACCAAAUAUAUAUAUACACCUACCAAUAGCCAAAGGUAUGCAUGCAUACAACAUCUCGAAGUUAAAACACACACACAACUGUUACAAUGUUUAUAGUUACUAUUUAUUAGUUAAUUUUUGUAUAAUAAUGUAAUUAAACGACAAUACGACCGACUGACGUCCUAUACCGACUCAUUGACAGGUUUGUUUGUAUAGUACAAACUUAUGUAUGGACAUAAUUUUUCUUAAAGUCUAUGCUGAAAUAUUAUGUAUAGUUUGUAAGAUACCACAUAAAUAAUAUAAAUACAUAGUACAUUAAACAUAUAUUUAUACAUCACUAAACGCUUUGUAUGUUAAAAGGCAAAUUCUGACGUCACAAUCAUUAACCAUGUUCGUAUGUAUAACCAAUUAAUUUCAGUCGUAUACUAUUUGUGAAAAUGUGGUAGUAUUCAUUUCGGUUGCUAAAAAAUGUAGCCUAUAAUUCAGCUACGAAAUGAGUUCUUUUGAAAAUAAAUUUAAAAUUUCGCAUUUAAACCUUCAUACAUACAUAGAUAGUUUACAAUUGUGUAGAAAAUAUUGAAUGUAUUUGUUGUGAUUUUUAAGUUAUGAACUUAUUUAAAAAGAUAAGCAUAG